AUGUCCAACCGCUACGAACGCUCCGCCGAAGACGCCUAUGAGGCGCAGAAUGACCCGUCCCCGGUCUCAGGCACUUACCGGGAUAACACGUAUGCGCACGAAACGCAAUCCAGCCUGAGAGGUCAGGUCCCCGUUGCCAAGGACGAGGAUUACUAUGAUGAUCCGAUGCAGCCCCCGUAUUCGAACUCGGAUCAGCAACUUGCACGCGAUGAAGACGAGGCGCUUGAUCAGUCAAAUGUAAUCCAGGGUCGAACCCGUGGGGCCAAGCCGCAGACCAGGAAUCUGUAUAAUGAGGGUCCUGAGGAGGAUGACUUGCCCGAUGAGGUCCUUUAUGGAAAUUCAGGUGUGUCGAGUAUCUAG